AUGGCCAGCCUUCAUACAAUCGAGCAUUUGCUCAAGUCCGUCGUUGAUGGAGCGACUGCGAGAGCAGCUAGUGAUAACCAGAACACAUCAAACUCCAUAGCCACUGUAGCUUCAGCGAAUCCGAAUCUUACAGUUCCACAUCCAUCACCUGUCGACUCACCUUCCUCUGAAUCUCUUCUCAGGCCGGAGCUCAACAUCGCAGAGUCCGACAUCCUAGAAGUAUCCGGCGCAUCCUCAGGUCUUCCUCAGACAAACUCUCCUAGUCAUAUACAUAUGGGCUCGCCAAAAGCAGUGGAAACGUCCCUCGCCGAGACCCACUCAGACAGCUCAACCAGCUUUGACACAAGCCCUCUCGGGAAAGGGUCAAUUCUUACUGGAACGGAUUCUGCCGCGGAAAGCCGACGGAAACAACGACGAUUCCGCACUACUUUUUCGGCGUACCAACUUGAGGAGCUGGAAAAGACAUUUGUGCGCACUCACUACCCGGACGUUUUUACCAGAGAGGAACUCGCCGCGCGCAUAGACCUCACCGAAGCUCGCGUACAAGUUUGGUUCCAAAAUCGCCGAGCAAAGUGGCGAAAACGCGAAAAACAUGUCAAGACAAUAAUCCCGCCAGUGCUUCCCUCCUUACCAAGUGGCAUCGCUCCCUUCAUCGACCCAUUGAUACUGAGUCGCAUCCCCUUUUUUAACCCGCCGACGUCCACGCCUCUGCUGAACAGUAUGCCGAGCCUGGCACAUGGAGGGUAUCUGCAAAAGAAUCUGUUCCCCAUCUACAGAAACAAUAUUCUCUCACAGGUUCUCUCGCCGCCAUCGCUCAGCAAUCUUGAAUAA